AUGCCGCGCUCGCGGGCACCGGAGCAGGGAUGUUGCGGCUGCCCGGCAGGGAGGGCUCGCGGCGAAACCGGGAUUUGGGCGCUUGUGCCGGGCACUGGGAGUCGCUGGGGCCGCCCGCCGCCACCACCGCCGCCGCCGCCGCCGCCGCCACCGCCGCCACUACUGCUGCUGCUGGGCUGGGGGCUGCUCAGUGCCUCGGCUGCCGCGGGCCAGAACUGCACAUUCCAACUGCAAGGCCCCAAUGGGACGGUGGAGAGCCCAGGGUUCCCUUAUGGCUACCCCAACUAUGCCAACUGCACAUGGACCAUCACCGCAGAGGACCAGCACAGGAUCCAGCUCGUUUUCCAGUCCUUUGCCCUGGAAGAGGACUUCGAUGUCCUGUCAGUGUUUGAUGGCCCACCCCAGGCAGAGAACCUUCGAACAAGGCUCACCGGCUUUCAGCUACCAGCCACCAUAGUCAGCGCGGCCAGCACCUUGUCCCUGAGUCUCAUCAGUGACUAUGCAGUCAGCGCCCAGGGCUUUCGUGCCAGCUAUGAAGUUCUCCCGAGCCACACUUGUGGGAACCCGGGGAGGCUGCCCAAUGGCGUCCAGCAAGGCUCCACCUUCAACCUGGGGGACAAAGUCCGCUACAGCUGCAACCCUGGCUUCUUUCUGGAAGGCCACGCGGUGCUCACGUGCCAUGCCAGCUCCGAGAACAGCGCCACGUGGGACUUCCCUCUGCCUUCCUGCCGAGCGGAUGAUGCCUGUGGCGGGACCCUGCGGGGCCAGAGUGGCAUCAUCUCCAGCCCCCACUUUCCCGCUGAGUAUCAUAACAAUGCUGACUGCACAUGGACCAUCCUGGCUGAGCUUGGGGACACCAUUGCCCUGGUCUUUAUUGACUUCCAGCUGGAGGACGGCUAUGACUUCCUGGAGGUCACAGGGACCGAAGGCUCCUCUCUCUGGUUUACCGGAGCCAGCCUCCCAGCCCCUGUCAUCAGCAGUAAAAACUGGCUGCGGCUACACUUCACAUCAGAUGGCAACCACCGGCAGCGUGGCUUCAGCGCCCAGUACCAAGUGAAGAAGCAAAUUGAACUGAAGUCUCGAGGCGUGAAGCUGAUGCCCAGCAAAGACAACAACCAGAAGACGUCUGUGUUAACUCAGGUUGGUGUGUCCCAAGGACAUAACAUGUGUCCAGACCCUGGAGUACCCGAAAGGGGCAAAAGACUAGGCUCAGACUUCAGGCUAGGAUCCAGCGUCCAGUUCACCUGCAAUGAAGGUUAUGACCUGCAAGGGUCCAAGCGGAUCACCUGCAUGAAAGUGAGCGACAUGUUUGCAGCCUGGAGCGACCACAGGCCGGUCUGCCGAGCCCGCAUGUGUGAUGCCCACCUCCGAGGCCCCUCGGGCGUCAUCACUUCCCCCAACUUCCCCAUUCAGUAUGAUAACAACGCACACUGUGUGUGGGUCAUCACAGCACUCAACCCCGCCAAGGUGAUCAAGCUGGCCUUUGAAGAGUUCGAUUUAGAGAGGGGCUAUGACACCCUGACAGUCGGGGAUGGUGGGCAGGAUGGGGACCAGAAGACAGUCCUCUACAUCCUGACAGGUACAUCGGUCCCAGACCUCAUCGUCAGCACCCAUCAUCAAAUGUGGCUCCUCUUCCAGAGCGACAGCAGUGGCAGUUCCCUGGGAUUCAAGGCUUCCUACGAAGAGAUCGAACAGGGCAGUUGCGGAGACCCUGGCAUACCUGCCUAUGGCCUGAGAGAAGGCUCUCGCUUUCGCCAUGGUGACACACUCAAGUUUGAAUGCCAGCCUGCCUUUGAGCUGGUGGGGCAGAAAUCAAUCACGUGCCAAAAGAAUAACCAGUGGUCGGCUAAGAAGCCAGGCUGUGUGUUUUCCUGUUUCUUCAACUUCACCAGCCCCUCUGGAAUCGUCCUGUCUCCCAACUACCCUGAGGACUACGGCAACCAUCUCCACUGCGUCUGGCUUAUCCUGGCCCGGCCUGAGAGCCGCAUCCAUCUGGCCUUCAAUGACAUCGAUGUGGAGCCUCAGUUUGAUUUCCUAGUCAUCAAAGACGGAGCCAGCGCUGAGGCCCCAGUUCUUGGCACCUUCUCAGGAAAUCAGCUCCCCUCCUCCAUCACCAGCAGUGGCCACGUGGCCCGUCUGGAGUUCCAGACUGACCACUCCACGGGGAAGAGGGGCUUCAACAUCACCUUUACCACCUUCCGACAUAAUGAGUGCCCAGAUCCUGGCGUUCCAGUUAAUGGCAAGCGGUUUGGUGACAGUCUGCAGCUGGGAAGCUCCAUCUCCUUCCUGUGUGAUGAAGGCUUUCUCGGCACGCAAGGCUCUGAGACCAUCACCUGCGUUCUGAAGGAGGGCAGCGUGGUGUGGAACAGCGCCGUGCUGCGCUGUGAAGCUCCCUGUGGUGGUCACCUGACUUCGCCCAGUGGGACCAUCCUCUCUCCAGGCUGGCCUGGCUUCUACAAAGACGCCUUGAGCUGUGCCUGGGUGAUAGAGGCUCAGCCUGGAUACCCCAUCAAAAUUACGUUCGACAGGUUUAAAACCGAAGUCAACUACGACACCCUGGAAGUGCGAGACGGACGGACAUACUCAGCACCUUUGAUUGGCGUUUACCACGGGACCCAGGUGCCCCAGUUCCUCAUCAGCACCAGCAACUACCUCUAUCUCCUCUUCUCUACCGACAAGAGUCACUCAGACAUUGGCUUCCAGCUCCGCUAUGAGACUGUCACACUGCAGUCAGACCACUGUCUGGACCCGGGGAUCCCCGUCAAUGGACAGCGUCAUGGAAACGACUUCUAUGUGGGUGCUCUGGUGACCUUCAGCUGUGACUCAGGCUACACAUUAAGCGAUGGGGAACCCCUGGAGUGUGAGCCGAAUUUCCAAUGGAGUCGGGCCCUUCCUAGCUGUGAAGCUCUCUGUGGUGGCUUCAUUCAAGGCUCCAGUGGCACCAUCUUGUCACCCGGGUUCCCUGACUUCUACCCCAACAACUUGAACUGCACCUGGGUCAUUGAGACGUCACACGGCAAGGGGGUGUUCUUCACCUUCCACACCUUCCACCUGGAGAGCGGCCAUGAUUACCUCCUCAUCACUGAGAACGGCAGCUUCUCCCAGCCCCUGAGGCAGCUAACCGGUUCGAGGCUGCCAGCACCCAUCAGCGCUGGGCUCUAUGGCAACUUCACCGCCCAGGUCCGCUUCAUCUCUGAUUUCUCCAUGUCCUAUGAAGGAUUCAACAUCACCUUCUCAGAAUAUGACCUGGAGCCCUGUGAGGAGCCUGAGGUCCCAGCCUACAGCAUCCGGAAGGGCUUACAGUUUGGUGUGGGCGACACCCUGACCUUCUCCUGCUUCCCCGGGUACCGUCUGGAGGGCACGGCCCGCAUCACGUGCCUGGGGGGCAGACGGCGCCUGUGGAGCUCGGCUCUGCCAAGGUGUGUUGCGGAGUGUGGGAACUCGGUCACGGGCACUCAGGGCACUUUGCUGUCCCCCAACUUUCCUGUGAACUACAAUAACAAUCACGAAUGUAUCUACUCCAUCCAGACCCAGCCGGGAAAGGGGAUUCAACUUAAAGCCAAGGCAUUUGAACUCGCGGAAGGAGACCUCCUCAAGGUCUAUGAUGGCAGUAACAACUCCGCCCGUUUGCUGGGGGUCUUCAGCCGCUCUGAGAUGUUGGGGGUGACUUUGAACAGCACAUCCAGCAGCUUGUGGCUCGACUUCAUCACAGAUGCCGAAAACACCAGCAAAGGCUUUGAACUUCAGUUCUCUAGUUUCGAACUCAUCCGAUGUGAGGACCCAGGGACCCCACAGUUUGGCUACAAGGUUCACGAUGGAGGUCAUUUUGCAGGGAGCUCUGUGACCUUCAGCUGUGACCCUGGCUACAGUCUUCGGGGCAAUGAGGAGCUGAUGUGUCUGAGUGGGGAACGCAGGACCUGGGACCGACCACUGCCCACCUGUGUCGCUGAGUGUGGAGGGACAGUGAGAGGAGAGGCCUCAGGGCAGGUACUGUCGCCUGGGUACCCAGCCCCCUAUGAACACAAUCUCAACUGCAUCUGGACCAUCGAGGCAGAUGCCGGAUGCACCAUUGGGCUCCACUUCCUUGUGUUUGACACAGAAGAGGUCCACGAUGUGCUACGCAUCUGGGAUGGGCCUGUGGAAAGUGGGGUGCUCCUCAAGGAGCUGAGUGGCCCGAUGCUGCCCAAGGACCUGCACAGCACCUUCAACUCAGUUGUUCUGCAGUUCAGCACGGAUUUCUUCACCAGCAAGCAGGGCUUUGCCAUUCAGUUCUCAGUGUCCACAGCCACAUCCUGCAACGACCCUGGAGUCCCGCAGAACGGGAGCCGGAGUGGCGACAGCUGGGAGGCCGGUGACUCCACGGUGUUCCAGUGUGACCCAGGCUAUGCGCUGCAGGGAAGCGCAGAGAUCAGCUGCGUGAAGAUCGAGAACAGAUUCUUCUGGCAGCCCAGCCCGCCCACGUGCAUCGCUCCUUGUGGGGGAGACCUAACUGGACCAUCAGGAGUCAUCCUGUCACCAAACUACCCAGAACCCUACCCACCAGGCAAGGAGUGUGACUGGAGGGUGACCGUCUCUCCCGACUACGUCAUCGCCCUGGUAUUUAACAUAUUUAACUUGGAGCCUGGCUAUGAUUUUCUUCACAUCUAUGAUGGACGGGACUCUCUCAGCCCUCUCAUAGGAAGCUUCUAUGGCUCACAGCUCCCAAGCCGUAUUGAAAGCAGCAGCAACAGCCUCUUCCUAGCCUUCCGCAGUGAUGCAUCUGUCAGCAAUGCCGGCUUUGUUAUUGACUACACAGAAAACCCAAGAGAGUCAUGUUUUGACCCCGGUUCCAUCAAGAAUGGCACUCGAGUGGGCUCUGACCUGAAGCUGGGCUCUUCCAUCACCUACUACUGCCACGGAGGCUACGAGGUUGAGGGUGCCUCCACCCUGAGCUGCAUCCUGGGGCCUGAUGGGAAGCCACUGUGGAACAACCCAAGACCAGUCUGCACAGCUCCCUGUGGUGGACAGUAUGUGGGUUCAGAUGGAGUGGUCCUGUCCCCAAACUACCCCCAGAACUACACCAGUGGACAGACAUGCUUGUAUUUUGUCACCGUGCCUAAGGACUACGUGGUGUUUGGCCAGUUUGCCUUCUUCCAUACAGCCCUCAACGACAUAGUGGAGGUCCAUGACGGCUACAGCCAGCACUCCCGGCUACUCAGCUCUCUCUCAGGCUCUCACACAGGAGAGUCGCUGCCCUUGGCCACCUCCAAUCAAGUUCUCAUUAAGUUCAGCGCCAAAGGCCAAGUACCGGCCAGGGGUUUCCACUUUGUCUACCAAGCGGUGCCCCGAACCAGUGCCACGCAAUGCAGUUCUGUGCCAGAACCCCGCUAUGGCAAAAGGCUGGGCAGUGACUUCUCUGUGGGGGCCAUCAUUCGCUUCGAGUGCAACUCAGGCUACGCCCUCCAGGGGUCCCCAGAAAUCGAGUGCCUCCCUGUGCCUGGGGCAUUAGCCCAGUGGAAUGUCUCUGCACCAACCUGUGUGGUGCCCUGUGGUGGCAACCUCACUGAACGCAGGGGCACCAUCCUGUCCCCUGGCUUCCCAGAACCCUACCUCAACAGCCUCAACUGCGUGUGGAAGAUCAUGGUCCCGGAAGGAGCUGGUAUCCAGAUUCAAGUCAUCAGUUUUGUCACAGAGCAGAACUGGGACUCUCUAGAAGUGUUUGAUGGAGCAGAUAACACCGUAACCAUGCUAGGGAGUUUCUCAGGAACAACAGUGCCUGCCCUCCUGAACAGCACCUCCAACCAGCUCUACCUCCACUUCUACUCCGACAUCAGCGUGUCUGCGGCCGGCUUCCACUUGGAGUACAAAACGGUGGGCCUGAGCAGUUGUCCUGAACCAGCUGUACCCAGUAACGGGGUGAAGACAGGAGAGCGCUACUUGGUGAAUGAUGUGGUCUCUUUCCAAUGUGAGCCAGGAUAUGCCCUCCAGGGCCAUGCCCACAUCUCCUGCAUGCCUGGAACUGUGCGUCGAUGGAACUACCCUCCUCCACUCUGCAUUGCGCAAUGUGGGGGAGAAGUGGAAGAGAUGGAGGGGGUGAUCCUGAGCCCUGGUUUCCCAGGCAACUACCCCAGUAACAUGGACUGUUCCUGGAAGAUCGUGCUGCCUGUCGGCUUUGGUGCCCACAUCCAGUUUUUGAACUUCUCCACGGAACCUAACCACGACUUCUUAGAAAUCCGGAGUGGUCCCUCUGAGACCAGCCGCAUGAUGGGCAGGUUCAGCGGAAGCGAGCUGCCGGGUUCCCUGCUCUCCACAUCCCACGAUACCACUGUGUACUUCCACAGCGACCACUCCCAGAACCGGCCAGGUUUCAAGCUGGAGUACCAGGCCUAUGAACUUCAGGAGUGUCCAGACCCAGAGCCUUUUGCCAAUGGCAUAGUGAGGGGAGCUGGCUAUAAUGUUGGCCAAUCGGUGACCUUCGAGUGCCUUCCGGGAUAUCAGCUGACUGGCCAGCCUGUCCUCACAUGUCAACAUGGCACCAAUCGGAACUGGGACCAUCCCCUACCCAGGUGUGAAGUCCCCUGCGGUGGGAACAUCACCUCUUUUAAUGGCACCGUGUACUCACCUGGCUACCCCAGCCCCUACUCCAGCUCCCAGGACUGUGUCUGGCUGAUCACUGUGCCCAUUGGCCAUGGUGUCCAUCUCAACCUCAGCCUGCUGCAGAUAGAACCCUUUGGAGACUACAUCACCGUCUGGGACGGGCCACAGCAGACGUCUCUACAGCUUGGUGUCUUCACCCGAAGUUUGUCCAAGAAAAUAGCACACAGCUCCUCUAACCAGGUCCUGCUCAAGUUCCACCGGGACACGGCCACAGGCGGGAUCUUCGCCAUCGCCUUCUCAGCGUAUCCACUCACCAAGUGUCCUCCCCCAACCAUCCUCCCCAACGCUGAAGUGGUCACAGAGAAUGAAGAAUUCAACAUAGGUGACAUCGUCCGCUACAGGUGCCUUCCAGGCUUUACCUUAGUGGGGAGUGAGAUCCUGACCUGCAAGCUGGGGACCUACCUGCAAUUUGAAGGUCCACCCCCAAUAUGCGAAGUGCACUGCCCAACCAACGAGCUUCUGACAGACUCCACAGGCGUGAUCCUUAGCCAGAGCUACCCCGGAAGCUACCCACAGUUCCAGACCUGCUCCUGGCUGGUGAGGGUGGAGCCAGAGUACAACAUCUCUAUCACGGUGGAGUACUUCCUCAGCGAGAAGCAGUAUGAUGAGUUUGAGAUCUUCGACGGUCCCUCGGGACAGAGUCCUCUACUGAAAGCUCUCAGUGGGAACUACUCAGCUCCUCUGAUCGUCACGAGCACAAGCAACUCUGUGUACCUGCGCUGGUCAUCUGACCACGCCUACAAUCGGAAGGGCUUUAAGAUUCGGUAUUCAGCUCCCUACUGCAGCCUGCCUAAGGCUCCACUCCACGGCUUCAUCCUGGGCCAGACAACCACCCAGCCGGGCGGCUCCAUCCACUUUGGCUGCGACACAGGCUACCGUUUGGUGGGACACAGCAUGGCCAUCUGUACCCGACACCCCCAAGGCUACCACCUGUGGAGUGAGGCCAUUCCUCUCUGUCAAGCUCUCUCCUGUGGUCUCCCCGAUGCUCCCAAAAAUGGCAUUGUGUUUGGCAAGGAGUACACCGUGGGGACUAAGGCUGUGUACAGCUGCAAUGAAGGCUACCACCUCCAGACGGGUUCUGAGGCCAGCGCCGAGUGUCUGGACACCGGCCUGUGGAGCAACAGCAACGUCCCCCCACAGUGUGUCCCUGUGACCUGCCCCGAUAUCAGCAGCAUCAGCGUGGAGCACGGCCGGUGGAGACUCAUCUUUGAGACCCAGUACCAGUUCCAGGCCCAGCUGAUGCUCAUCUGUGACCCUGGCUACUACUACACUGGCCAGAGGGUCAUCCGCUGCCAGGCCAAUGGGAGAUGGAGCUUGGGAGAGUCUAUGCCCACCUGCCAAAUCAUCUCCUGUGGAGAGCUCCCCACACCUCCAAGUGGGCACCGCAUUGGAACCAUGUCUGUCUACGGGGCAACUGCCAUCUUCUCCUGCAAUUCCGGAUACACGCUGGUGGGCUCCAGGGUGCGGGAGUGCAUGGCCAAUGGGCUCUGGAGUGGUUCUGAAGUCCGCUGCCUUGCUGGACACUGUGGGACCCCAGAGCCCAUUGUCAACGGGCACAUCAACGGGGAAAACUUCAACUACCGAGGCAGCGUGGUGUACCAGUGCAGCGCCGGCUUCCGCCUCAUCGGCAUGUCUGUGCGCAUCUGCCAGCAAGAUCAUCACUGGUCGGGCAAGACCCCUUUCUGUGUGCCGAUUACCUGUGGACACCCCGGCAAUCCAAUCAACGGCCUCACCCAGGGCAGCCAGUUCAACCUCAACGACGUGGUCAAGUUCGUUUGCAACCCAGGAUACAUAGCCGAGGGGGCUGCUCGGUCCCAGUGCCUGGCCAGUGGGCAGUGGAGUGACACCCUGCCUACCUGCAGAAUCAUCAACUGUACGGAUCCUGGGCACCAAGAGAACAGCGUCCGGCAGGUCCAUGCCAGCGGCCCCCACAGGUUCAGCUUUGGGACCACUGUGUCCUACCAGUGCAGCCACGGCUUCUACCUACUGGGCACACCUGCACUCAGCUGCCAGGGAGAUGGCACCUGGGACCGGCCCCGUCCACAGUGUCUCCUGGUGUCCUGUGGCCAUCCUGGCUCUCCACCUCAUGCCCAGAUGUCUGGAGACAGCUACAUAGUGGGGGCUGUGGUGCGUUACAGCUGCACGGGCAAGCGGACUCUGGUGGGAAACGCCACCCGCAUGUGUGGACUGGAUGGGCACUGGACAGGCUCCCUCCCCCACUGCUCAGGAACCAGCACAGGAGUUUGUGGUGACCCGGGGAUCCCAGCCCAUGGCAUCCGUCUAGGGGACAGCUUUACCCCGGGCAGUCUGAUGCGCUUCAGUUGUGAAGCUGGCCACGUGCUCCGAGGAUCUUCAGAGCGAACGUGCCAAGCCAAUGGCUCCUGGAGUGGGUCACAGCCUGAGUGUGGAGUGAUCUCUUGUGGGAACCCCGGAACGCCAAGCAAUGCCCGAGUGGUGUUCAGUGACGGUCUAGUGUUCUCCAGUUCCGUUGUCUAUGAGUGCCGUGAAGGCUACUAUGCCACGGGCCUGCUCAGCCGACACUGCUCCGUCAAUGGCACCUGGACAGGCAGCGACCCCGAGUGCACAGUCAUAAACUGUGGUGACCCCGGGAUUCCAGCCAAUGGCAUCCGGCUGGGCAAUGACUUCAGGUACAACAAAACUGUGACAUACCAGUGUGUCCCUGGCCACAUGAUGGAAUCACACCGAGUAUCUGUGCUGAGCUGCACCAAGGACCGGACAUGGAAUGGUACCAAGCCAGUUUGCAAAGCUAUCAUGUGCAAACCUCCUCAGCUCAUCCCUAACGGGAAAGUGGUGGGGUCUGACUUCAUGUGGGGCUCUAGUGUGAGUUAUGCCUGCCUGGAGGGGUACCAGCUCUCCCUGCCUGCCGUACUCACCUGCGAGGGAAAUGGAUCCUGGACCGGAGAGCUGCCUCAGUGUUUCCCCGUGUUCUGUGGAGAUCCGGGGGUCCCACCUCGAGGGAGGAGAGAAGACCGUGGUUUCUCGUACCGGUCAUCUGUGUCCUACUCCUGCCAUCCCCCCCUGGUACUGGUGGGCUCCCCGCGGAGGUUUUGCCAGUCGGAUGGGACGUGGAGCGGCACACAGCCCAGCUGCAUAGAUCCCACACUGACCACGUGUGCAGAUCCCGGCAUGCCGCAGUUCGGGGUACAGAACAGCUCCCAGGGCUACCAGGUUGGAAGCACAGUGCUCUUCCGUUGUCAGAAAGGUUACCUGCUUCAGGGCUCCACCACCAGGACCUGCCUUCCCAACCUGACCUGGAGCGGAACCCCACCUGACUGUGUCCCCCACCACUGCAAGCAGCCAGAGACGCCCACACACGCCAACGUCGGGGCACUGGACCUGCCAUCCAUGGGUUACACACUCAUCUACUCCUGCCAGGAGGGCUUCUCGCUCAGGGGUGGCUCUGAGCACCGUACCUGCAAAGCCGACGGGAGCUGGACAGGCAAGCCGCCCGUCUGCCUGGAGGUCCGGCCCAGUGGGAGACCCAUUAACACUGUGCGCGAGCCUCCACUCACCCAAGCCUCAGUUCCAGGAGAUGUCUUUGCCAAGAAUUCUUUGUGGAAAGGAGCCUAUGAGUACCAGGGGAAGAAACAGCCAGCCAUGCUUAGAGUGACUGGCUUCCAGGUAGCCAACAGCAAGGUCAACGCCACCAUGAUCGACCACAGUGGGGUGGAGCUGCACUUGGCAGGAAAUUAUAAGAAGGAAGAUUUUCGCCUCCUGCUUCAGGUCUACCAGGUCACGGGGCCUGUGGAGAGCUUUGUGAACAAGUUCAAAGACGACCACUGGGCAUUAGAUGGCCACGUCUCCUCAGAGUCUUCAGGAGGCACCUUCGUCUACCAAGGCUCCGUCAAGGGCCAAGGCUUUGGGCAGUUCGGCUUUCAAAGACUUGACCUCAGGCUGUUGGAGUCAGACCCCGAGUCCAUCGGCCGCCACUUUGCUUCCAACAGCAGCUCAGUGGCAGCUGCCAUCCUGGUGCCUUUCAUUGCCCUCAUCAUCGCGGGCUUCGUGCUCUAUCUCUACAAGCACAGGAGAAGACCCAAAGUUCCAUUCAACGGCUAUGCUGGUCACGAGAACACAAAUGUUCGGGCCACAUUUGAGAACCCCAUGUAUGACCGCAACAUCCAGCCCACAGACAUUAUGAACAACGAGGCGGAGUUCACAGUCAGCACAGUGUGUACUGCGGUAUAGCCCCCAGGCCUGGCUGCUACUGCCACCGCCACCGAGAGCCCCGCCGCCAG